ACAAUAAGUUGCUAAUAAGAGUUGACCAACAGUCUAGUAGUAAUAGUAUGGAAUAACACUAGUUAUAAACUGGGUGGUUCCAGCCCUGAAUGCUGAUUGGCUGACUGCCAUGACCGUAUAUCACGGGGUUUACUUCUAUAAUGGACGGAAUAGAGAACCCAUAUAUUUACACAUCAUAACCACGGCAUCGUCCCCGUCUAUGACUGCAGGCAUGGCCCUGUUCAAGCAGCAGACAGUGGAGGAUUUCUACGAGAUCGGAGAGGAAUUAGGAAGCGGUCAGUUUGCCAUCGUGAAGCGUUGCUGGGAGAAGAGCACAGGGCUGGAGUUCGCCGCUAAGUUCAUCAAGAAACGUCAGAGCCGAUCCAGCCGGCGGGGGGUCAGGAGGGAGGAGAUAGAGAGAGAGGUCAACAUCCUACAGCAGACACAACACGCCAACAUAGUCACCUUCCACGAUGUCUACGAGAACCUCACCGACGUGGUGCUCGUCCUGGAGCUGGUGUCUGGGGGAGAGCUGUUUGACUUCCUGGCCCAGAAGGAGUCUCUGAGUGAAGAAGAGGCAACUCAGUUUAUCAAACAGAUUCUGGAGGGGGUCCACUACCUACACUCUAGGAAGAUAGCACACUUUGACCUCAAGCCUGAAAACAUCAUGCUGUUGGACAAGAACGUGCCAUUGCCAAGGAUCAAACUAAUCGAUUUCGGACUCGCUCACAAAAUCGAGGCGGGGGCAGAGUUUAAAAACAUUUUUGGGACUCCUGAAUUUGUGGCCCCAGAGAUAGUGAACUACGAACCGCUGGGACUGGAGGCAGAUAUGUGGAGUAUAGGAGUCAUCACCUACAUCCUGCUGAGUGGAGCGUCUCCCUUCCUGGGAGAGACUAAACAGGACACGCUGGCCAACAUCUCAGCCAUGAACUACGAGUUCGACGAGGAGUUCUUCUGUAGAACCAGUGAACUGGCCAAAAGCUUCAUACGGCAGCUACUGGAGAGAGACAAGAUGAAGAGGUUAACUAUUCAAGAUGCCCUCAACCAUCCCUGGAUCAAGUCUAAUGAGUGCAAGGAGGAGACUCCCAUCACCAAGACCCCGGACCAGACCAAGACCCCUGACCAGACCAAGACCCCGGACCAGACCAAGACCCCGGACCAGACCAAGACCCCUAAGAAGCGCGAGCGCCGUCAGCUGAAGACCAAACGUCUCAAGGAGUACACCAUGAAGUCCCACUCCUCCAUGCCCCCCAACAACACCUACGUCAACUUCGAACGCUUCGUCCAGGUAGUGGAGGACAUCAGCCGGAUGGAGGGCUCCUUCACUGGGCUAGCCUCGGCCCACGACUCCCUGCAGGAGGACAUCGACGCCUUGGUCUCCGUCUACAACCACAAGGAGUCCUGGUACAAGGAGGAGAGCGAGGGGGUCCGUCACCAGCUGUCUCAGAUCCGCUACGAGUUCCGUAAAGUGGAGGCGAUGAAGAGGAGCCUGCAGGAUGAGAUGAAGGUGGUGGACGUUAGCGUCAGUGACGUUAGCGCCCGCUACCAGGAGAGGAAGAGACACUUUGACGCCCUGAGACAGGAGCUGAGCGACGAGCUGAAGUGGGUGCAGGACGUGGUGGGGUCGUUAGGGGUCACGGGCGGGGUCGCGGACGGGGUCGGAGGAGGAGGGGGCUACCUCAACUGUAACUUCUCCACUGUGUUUAAUAAUGACGUGAAUGAAGCACUGAAGGAAAUGCUGAACAGAAGCUGUGGAGGAGAUCUGCUGUCUGGGAUCAGCCUGGACCUCAGUGAGUCUGGACUGAAGAGAUAGUAUAGUAUAGUAUAGUAUAGUAUAGUAUAGUAUAGUAUAGUAUAGUAUAGUAUAGUAUAGUAGAGUAUCGGCCUGGACCUCAGUGAGUCUGGACUGAAGAGAUAGUAUAGUAUAGUAUAGUAUAGUAUGGUAUAGUAUAGUACAGUAGAGCAUUAACCUGGAACUGACUGCGUUGGUAUAGUUAGUAUAGUACAGUAUAGUAGUUUAGUAUAGUAGAGUAUCUUAUAGUAGUAGAGUAUCGUAUAGUAGUAGAGUAUAGUAUAGUAGUACAGUAGAGUAUCAACCUGGACCUGACUGAGUCUGGACAGUAUAUUAUAGUACAGUAUAGUAUAGUACAGUAUGGUAUAGUACACUAUAGUAUGGUAUAGUACAGUAUAGUAGUAGAGUAUAGUCUCAUCUAGUAGUAGAGUAGAGUAUCCACAUGGACCUGACUGAGUCUGGACAGUAUAUUAUAGUACAGUAUAGUAUAGUAGUAGAGUAUAGUAUAGUAGUAGAGUAUGGUAUAGUACAGUAUGGUACAGUAUAGUACAGUAUGGUAUAGUACAGUAUGGUAUAGUACAGUAUAGUAUA